CGGCGCACCAACGGCGGUCCCGUUCAAGCCAACGGCGUGCCCUGCACGCGCCCCCCGCCCGCCCUGCUCCGGCAGUCCGAGCGGAAAGUGAACUUUGUGGACAACCUUGUCGGUGAGUGAUUCGGACCUCGAACGUCUACCGACGCCAAUGCUAAACGUCAACGAAGACUCCGCGUCGCAGAUUGUUGAGACCAUCUGGCCCUUGUCGGCCGCGGCGCACCGCAGUGAUGCGGCCACCGGGUGCAAGGGCGUCCUGCCCCUCCGCACCUUCAUCCAGGAGACUCUCCGCCGCUCGCGCACCAGCUACAGCACCCUGCAGGUCGCGCUGUACUACUUGAUCAAGAUCAAGUCGCACGUCCCCAACCCCGAUGCGUCCCCGGACCAGAAUGGUGGGAAGCCGGUCUGUCGGGCCAUGCAGUGUGGCCGACGCAUGUUCCUCGCUGCGUUGAUCCUCGCGUCCAAGUACCUGCAGGACCGGAACUACUCGGCCCGUGCGUGGAGCAAGAUCUCCGGCUUGAACACCGCCGAGAUCAACCAGAACGAGCUGAUGUUCCUCGGCGCCGUGAGCUGGCGGCUCCACAUCCCGGAGGCGCUCUUCCAGCGGUGGACGGACAUCGUGUUGAAGCUGACGCAGGGCGGUCUCUCCGUCGGCGGACUCACGUGGCAAUCGGCCAUCCCCCGACUCACUCCAGAGCUGGAAGGUGAGUUGGAGGCGGCCCCGGCAUCGGGUCCGCUGACGCCGAACAGCAUGCGUAGCUACGACGCGCGCUUCUCGGAAUCUCCUUCGCCCCGUGGAAGCUCGACGCGAGGCGGCGGCCCUUGUUCCGCGCCACUCGCGGCUGAGCCCUGCACUCUGCCGUCGAUCCAUGAUACCCUCGGGCUGUACCGACGGACGAGUCCCGUGGGUCUGCCAUCCAUGUCUCGACUGGACGGUUCCCAGGCGCCUCCGUCCCUGCCGCGCCCGCCGAUGCUGCCGACUCCGCAAUUGACUCCGCAGUCCAUCCUCGCCGGCACUCCUGCUGUGAGUGCUGGUGGGGUCCCCUCGCACCGACGACACAUCUGUUCGGCUAUGUCCCAGGCGCACCACGCGGGCCUGGCGCGGUCGACCAUCGACCAGCGCCCGCCUCCGUCGAUGUGCCCUCGGGCCAGUACGUUCGAUGGGUAUUCUACCGUGCGUCGGUCGUCGUUGGCGCGGUCCAGCUCGUCGGCAUCGUCUCCGGACUCGAUGGUCUCGGAUGUAUCGACCCUGUCCUCGAGCUCGCGGUCGUCCUCGGUCUCGUCCAGCUCGGCCUCGGGGCCCGGGGCGGUCUCUCUUCCCCGCCUGGCCACCCUGCGCUGCACCAACAACUCGCUAAAGGACGGCCGCCGACCGCUGAGCGUCGUGUCGCCCAUCGACGAGAGCGUCUUCAGCGACUUCUACAACUCUCCGGAUCUCUACGGGGCGCCGCUGAGCCAUGCGCCGGACUUCUCCCGCUUUUCGCUGGGCACGCCGGUCGAUUUGAGCUCGGCCCACGAAGCGGCCCAGGGUCUGUGUGAGCUGUCUGGUGCGGUGUCUCGUCCGACCACUGGCCCCAGCCAGCGACCGUGCCGGAAGCGUGGUCGCGCAGGCUCGGACGAUCUGCCGCUGCCGAACUACAUCUCUGGCUCGCGCGAGGAUGCCGCGGGGCUCCCCAGCGGCCACGUGAUGAAUCGCUUCUUGAACUCCAAGACGCUCAGUGCGGCCCAGCUCCAGGCCCUCAACCAAACCCCUCUUUCCGGUCCGGUCGGUAUGAAGCGCGCUUGCUGUGGAAGCGAGACGCAGAAGAUCGCGCUCCACCCGAGCGUGCGCGCCGAAUACUGAUCCCCUCCGACCUGUGGUACGAUGGUGUUUACUUUUACUUCUCCUUCUCUCUUUUUACCACCGGCUACUUUCCUUGCUGUAUGGAAGGGAAAAGUCAUUAUUGCAUAAUUUUAUUUUUUAAGGGACGGAUCUCGUCGACCGAGUGACCUGCUUGCCCCCGACGCCGCAGCCAACGCGGACCAGCGGUGGAAAAGUUAACCUUUACUCUUUCUAUUCUCGUCUUGUACAUACCGGGAGUUGAUGGGCUGGAGAGUUAGCAGCGGCGUUGGGUGGCGGGCAGCCCCCGAGUGUAUGAUGUAUGUGGGGAGCUUAUUUGCCUUGCAAUCAUUUACUUUACUUUUUACUUCCUUUGUCUAUCUUGCUGCGGAGUGUGUGGAUGGAGGGGUCUGGUUUUGACUGUCUUUUAUUCUUCUCUUUUAUCUGAUUUUCUUUUCUAUCGUCCCGCUCGGCGGCUGGGUCGAAUCUAUGUUCACUGAAGGAGUUGUCGGAGCUGGAGCUACAUAGGUAGGAUUCAAUCCAUGUAUCUACAUAUUUAUUUGUAUACCCACAUUUACCUUUCGGACUGCAAACAGUAUACACAAAUAGUAUACACAAGUACAGUAAGAUCUGGAUCAAACAGGCAAGUGCCUCACGUAUCGAACCAUGGUUCAUCCACGUAGGUUCCACGAAUAGAACAUGUAGUGGAGGUAGGUAGCCU